AAGCGCAGCAACAACAUCUCUAAGGAUAUUCAUUUCCUUGCUUCCAGUCCUCUCAUUACUCAACCACCCUUUUAUCUCUUACGGAGGCGAAAUUUCCAGCACUACUAACAGAUGCCUUCUGAAGGCGUCCCCAAGUGCCAGCGGUGUCGUAGGGAUCACAAGAAGUGCUCACCCGAGAACAGGCAAUGGCCAGGGACAAAGUGUGACCGUUGUGAAAACUACGGUUACGAGUGUUCCGAAAAUCUUAUGGCGCGGAGAUCGUCUCAGAAAGGAAUGGACACAUCACGGCCAGCUAACCGUCUUAUGGAGGCUUAUCCACAUAAUCGAUUCUUUGGCUGUCCCCAGGAAUUAUCGCGACCAUUACCUGUGCGCUCUCAAAUCCCAGUUGUUGGAGUAAUGAACCAGCAAACCCAUUUUCAGUCCCCUUGGGCAGGGCUAUUCGACUAUCUCAGAAAUAUCGACUGGCUAAGCUUAACUUGUUCUCCUACCCCUAUGGCUUCCAACCCCUUUUUUACAAUGUUUCGUUCGUCUAUCUGCCCAGUGCCUGAUAUUUCUGCAACACCGCUGGGCCAGCGAUUAAUGUAUCUGGAAGCAUUCGCGCAAAGUCAGAGAUACAUGCAGGACCCCUCAGUCGCUCUCUCUUCAUCUCCACUAGAGACCUCUAUUAAUCUCAUAGCUACCCGAUUACAGAGGGACUUUCCCCGGAUAGCUGGUAUGUUCAGCUUCGACGAACUUGUCGCUAUAUGUGGAAACUAUGUCCGUUACGGCUCUUACUGGAACGUGUUUCGGACUGCUCUCCAGACUGACGAAAUCCUACUUGUUGAUCCUGCAUUUUCAUUUGAUAUGGACCUGCCAAAAACUACAUUUGAGAGCGCUCAGCAAAUAUGGUUAUGUCCUGAAUUCGGACUGAAGCAGUUCUGUCAAAAGCUCUCUGGCGUCAGCCAGAUGAUUUCCGAUCUUGCUCGAACUGAUCAACAUUCAGAAGCACGGGCAUUCCUCGCAUCCAAGAUACCCGAUCGUAUCGAGGAAGUACUUGGUCCUCAGGUUACUUCUUCAACAAUACACAACUAUCCUUCCCCCUUUUUCCCUCCAGAUACGAUGACAAGUUCCCCAGUCGAAUUAACAGAUGGCGAUGUAUAUUCACCUUCCACGUCCGCGGGCGGCGAUGGGUCCGAAGACGGCUAUUCAUUAGACGGGAGGGGAUUCCAACCCAUUACGGAGAACGGCCGCUACAAUGAUGCCUGCUUUUGGGGUAAUUAA